AUGGACCAUGAGAAGCCUGAAGUUGUGUCGCCGCAAAUCUACGAGAUCAGCGAGGCGACUCGAUCGCCAAUUACCCCUGACAUUGAAUAUCCCCCUUCCGUAAACGAGCCUACAAAUGUCGACGAACGCAACGAGCCACGAGGGGAGAGUGUAUGGAGAGUAUUGAGGGAGAGGCACAUCAAUGUAAGCCCGACCGACGACCCUCGAGGCACUAUUGGAAAUGGUAAGCGGAUUGGACUCCAGACUCGCCAAAUGCUGAUACUAUCAACACAAGGCCUUUUUCUCGGAUGCGGCACUUCACUAGCUGUCGCUGGACCAGGCGGCGCGGUUCUUUCUUACGUCUUGAUGGGUACUGUGAUAUCGUCGGUGAUAUCAUCAUUGUGUGAAAUGACUGCUCUGAUGCCUGUCAAUGCCCCAGUCAUGGAGUUCCCUCGACGCUUCCUUGACCGCGGAGUUGGCUUCGCAGUUGGUUGGAUGUACUGGUUUGCAUAUACUAUUCUUGCUGCCGAUGAACUAGUUGCCGUUUCGAAUACGAUCAGGUUUCGAUACGAUGACCACAAGACAUUCUUACACUGGAGCACUGGAGAGAAUGUCGAUAAUGCAGUCUGGAUAUCGUUAUUUCUCGUUAUUGUGAUAUGCAUCAACAUGUUCCCAGUCUUUGGCGAGCUCGAAUACAUCUUUGGAUGCUUCAAGAUCAUCUUCAUCGUAAUGCUGAUCAUGAUGAUGCUUGUUCUGGGUAUCAUGAGGCCACGCGCCGAUGCAUAUUAUUCCCAAGUGAUAGGAUCAAGAUAUUGGGACAGACCCUACUCGUUCUUCAACCCAGUCUAUCAGGUCAAGGACGAAGACGGAAACAUCCAACGCGUGAUCCAAGGCACCAUUGGUACCUUUCUAGCUAUGUGGACAACGAUCGUCCACGCCAUCUUUGCCUACGUCGGCAUGGAUAUCAUCGCCUCCACCGCCGCUGAGAGUAAAUCCCUCGCCGACGCCGAAAGCAUGAAGAUGGGAGCCCGGAAGAUCAACCUCCGAAUCAUCACGCUCUACUCUCUAGCCAUGCUCACGGUCUCCUUCGUCGUCCCCAGCGACCACCCAUUCAUCAAUGGGAAAGCACAAUCCGUUGGUGCCAAGUCGCCUUUCAUCAUUGCCGUCGUCGAAGCCGGAAUCCCCUCCGCUGCGCACCUCUUCAAUGCCGUCUUUGUGUUCUCGUCGUUCACCUGCGCCAUAAACUCGAUGUAUGUGGCUUCCAGGGUUCUGCAUACGUUGGCAUUGCAGGAUCAGACGGGGCCGGAAUUCAUCUCUAGGAGACUCCGGGCUUGUCGAUCUGGGGUUCCCACUCGAGCAGUUUUGGUAACUGCGGCCAUGAUGUUGAUAGGAUAUAUGGGACGUACUGGAAGCCCAGGAGAGCGACUGAGCGAGCUUGCAUCAAACUGCACAGUAUCAUGUCUCAUCGUCUACAUUUCCAUUUGCGCCACACUCGAAGACGUCAAACUCUACGGCAACGCCUCCGAAGCCCAAGCCGCCAUGUACGACCGCGACCACGCCCGCUACCCGUACAAGUCCCACGGGCAGUGGCUCAAAGCCGCCUACGGCAUGGUCGCCUGCAGCAUCCUCCUCGUCUUCAACGGCGUGGCCGCCUUCCUCGAGGACCCGUUCGACACGCGCCGCUUCGUCGCCUCCUACAUCGGCAUCCCCGUCUUCCUCGUCCUCAUCCUCGGCUACAAGGUCCGCCGCCACGGCCUCGGCCUCUCCCGCCUCCGCCACUGGGGUCCCGAGCGGUCGAACGAUCUGCGGAAUACCAUCCAGGCCUCGGGCGCGAAGACGCGCAAGGGCAAGCUGCUGUUCCCCGCGAGCGGCCUCACGCUGGAGAACGCCCGGACGCUCGCUGAUUGGAUCUGGGUCUGGUUGAAGUAG